AUAAGAGGCAAAGGAAAGUGUGCGGAGACCUAAAGCUGAAGAACUUCUGAGAACAUUAAUGGGGAAAAAGACCAUUUAAGACAGUAAAUUAAUGUAGAAGUUUUUGAUGGGUCUCAAGUCCUCAAGUGGUCCUAACAUGAACCUCUCUCAGCGAAUCUCCUCCACGUUUCAAGUCCAGAGACCAACAUCUUCUGACCUCCAUCUUCUUAAUGAAAACCAACCUCUCCAGAAUUUUCAACUGUUAAGUCAAGUGGAGCUCACCAGGGCUCAAAACCUUGGUUUGGAUGGACUAAAUGAUCUGUUCCAAGAAACAAUUAUUAACCUUGGAGGAAAGGAGAAUAUACUGCUAGUGGGGGAGUCUGGAUACUGUCCAGAGGAUGAUGGUGGCAGUAGUAAGUUGCUUGAAGAAUUGUCUUCUGCUCUCUUUCAGUCACCCAAAAAGGCCAAGGUUUGGAAACCUGACAACAACACAACUGAUGGACCUAACACUUCUCUGACUUGUAUCACCUCAAAGGCUGUAUCGAAGUCGAGGAUGCUGGAAUUUCCUAUCGUUCUGGCAGUGUUUCGAGAACAACUUAUAAUGGACUCUCAGAACUUGAUUAAAGAGAUCCUGAAAGAUAUCUGUUUGAGAACAAAGGAGUUUAGGUCUGCCAUUGUGAGUAUUGUCUAUUCUUGGGAAACUUUAAACGACGGCAAAAAGAUCAAGUCCAAGGAACAGCUGAGAAACUUGAUGAGUCAGGUCUUCAAAGACCAGCCAUGGGGAGUCUGCUGCUACAACAGUUCUGAACCAAAGUCUAUCCUGGAGGUAAAGCAGAUGAUCACCAAAACCAUUGGUGUGACAACAGGUGGAUAUCAGUCUGUAGAAGAUGACAGCCUGCAGCUGGAAAGAUCGUUUAAAGAACUGGUUGGCCAGUUGGGAGGCAAAGAGAGAUUUCUUCUCCUUGGGAAUAUCUGUCCAUCCCCUCGCAACUCUGAAAAGACUCGGGUUUUCAGAGAGAUUACUAAAGCCCUCUUUGAUGAUGACCACUGUAAAAUGGAUACCCAAGAAGAAGAGGAUCAAGCCGAGACACUGGAGAGACAAAAGAAGUCAACCAAAGCGUGUAUACAGCUCCCCAAACCAAGAUCCUUCCCUUACCCACUUAUCUUGGUGGUCUUUCGCUCAGCAUUCCUCGAGGAGGAGGAUAACAUGGCUCAAGUCAAAGAGAUACUUGCCGACAUCAAAAUAAGAGUUACAAUAAGUUCUACCCAAGUCAUCGGGGUGGUCUGUAGUGACAAGAGUUUGCAGAAAACUAAGGAGCAGAGGUACCAGAUCCUGCUUCAGAAGAUCUUACAUCAGACAUUCAGUUGUCCAACUGGGGUGUGCAGCUUUGUGAGGACAAAUCUAGAAUCUGUGGAGGUGGUGAAGAGAUGUGUGUGCAAUGUCUUGAAAGACCACUGUAGAUAAGCCUGAUGUUCUUUAUACAAUGACUUCUCUCCAAAUGAUAAGCUUCAAGAUAAAACCACAAAAAAUUGGUCUAGAAAAAGUGGUGGUCUACUUAAAAAGGUUUGAUUUAUAUCUAUCAUCAAAGAUUGUAACACCUCAAACUAUUUUCCAUACUUGGUGGACCUUCGUGCAACAUUCCUCAAGGAUGAGUUCAAGAUGGCUCAGGUCAAAGAAAUAUUGAGGGACACAAUGUAAACUUUUGAAUGAAUUGAUGUUUGCUCUUGCAUUGUUCUCAAUGUAGCUCUUUGGUCUCUUCUUCUAGCAUCUGCAUUUUUCUACCCAGGCCCAUGGUUUUUAUAAUAGAUACCUCUGACCUCCAUAGAUGGCCCUCUUAUCAGUCACAGUGCCCUUCCUUCCUCCAUAAGCCCAUCCUCUGGGCUCAGGAUGACAUGUCAGAAGCCAUAACUACUAAGGGUGUGAAUACAAUUGGAAAUUAUGACAAAAGGCCCAAGCAACCAGUGCUGGUGCCCCUAGUGCCCUGACCAACAGAUAUUGCUGUAAAAGUCCACCACUUUGGCACGUUUUAUUGACCUGAUAAAUGAUAUAUUUCUGUCUUUCUGCAAUGACCUCUAGGAGGAGCUAGCUACAUAUGAAGUAAUAUAGACCCUAGUGGUAGAUACAUAUCACUGCUAUGACUGUGUCACCACAGAAAUCCUUUUCUAGCCUUUCUGCUGCCUGAGGCGUAAACUGAAAUGGUGCCCCCGCUCCCUAUACUGGCAAUUUCUUAACCUAACCCCUUUGCCACAAUGAAAGCACUCAAUGCCCAUGGCCCUUCCGCUGCCCCCACCUGGUGCUGUUUGAGGUGAUCGCCUGACCUGGCCUCAUUGGUGGUGCAUCCCUGCCUGCACCUGCCUCUUAAAGGGGUUAUGCCUUGAUUGAUGUGGAAAAUAAAAAUCACACAAGAUAUAGUAAAUGACAAUCUCUCUCUAACAAAGCUAGAACCAGCCCUGUACCUCACAUGGAUCCAAAGAUCUCCCCAUUCAUUGAUC